UGUCGGGAACCUCCACGGCCUUCAGGGAGCAGAGGGGUAAGUCGGACACGUUACUGCACCUUACAUCACCUCCGUGAGAACCUGAUGAUAGAUGGUUUCGUUUCCUCCUCAGCUAUCUUGGCAAAACAGUUCCUGAGCCAGGACUGGGUGACAGCCAGCGGGGAGAAGGAGCGAGGGAGUAAAUUUAAUGAGACCCUUCAUGCUCUGUUAAGCAUCUAUCUAGAAAAUGUGGAUGACGUCCUGAAGGCGGUGGAGGAAAUAGCUGGAGAGAGAAUCUCUGAGCUGGUCAAUGCCACCAACGAUGACCACUCUGUGUCGUGGCCCACUCUCAACAGGCAAACAUUCCUGGUCUAUUACAAAGUGAUGAUGGCGGUGCUGGAAAAAGCUGUCAAGAAGAUUCCGGCCAGUAAGAUGAGAGAUAGCGAUGAGGUCAGGAGCCACGGGUUGAAUACACUCCAUUAUUUACGAU